AUGCCUCCACGAAGAGCUGGCCGAGGUCGUCCUGCUAGGAGGAACGUUGAGGAGAAAGGGGUACCUAAUGCACGUGAAGUGCAACCCCAAGGAGAAGUAACGAAUGCUGAGUUCAGGGAAGCAAUUCGAAUGUUAAGCCAAUUUGUGACUAACCAGGUUGGGCAGCAAAGAGGAGCUAGACAUGAAGUAACUGAUACUUCGAGGAUUCGAGAGUUCUUGAGGAUGAAUCCUCCAAGUUUCACUGGUUCAAGAACUACUAAUGAUCCGGAGAAUUUUUGGAAGAAGGGUAGAGCUGAGGGAGCACCACCUGGUAGUUGGGUUUGUUUUAAGGAGGGCUUCUUGUGGCGUUUCUUUCCCCGAGAACUGAGAGAGGCAAAGGUACGAGAGUUUCUCACCCUUAAGCAGGACUCACUAAGUUUUCAUGAGUACAGCUUGAAGUUCACCCAACUUUCCCGAUAUGCUCCGAAGAUGGUUGCAGAUAUGAGAAGCAGGAUGAGUCUUUUUGUUGCUGGGUUGUCCCAUCUAUCAAGCAAAGAGGGAAAGCACUUCAGAGCUAGACCUGCACAGUGUCAGGGUAGUGUGGCACAAGAAGGUAACUGGGAUCCUUGCCCUAAGAACCGGCAAGGUAAUGGAAAUCAGGGCAAUAAAGCCCAAUCUUCAUUAGUUGCUCCACCAGACAGGGCUGCACCUAAAGGAUCUACUUCUGGUACUGGCAGAGGAGCAAUCUGCCUUUAUGCAAUCACUAGUCGUCAAGAGUAA